AUAUUUCAUGAACUGCUUCGAUUAAUUGAGGAAAAACGGAUGAAGACAUAUAGUUCGUCGAACUUAUAAAUGUUUUCCUGUUUUCUUCUUAUCGAGACUAAUCUUAUUUUCUGUAUGUUGAUCAUUUGUAAGAUGAAGCCGAAGAUAUGUAUUUUAAAAUCAAAAAUCCCGCGUUUCCUUCGUUCGGUUUGGAUCGGCUUCGAUUAAAUAUAACGAAGCUUCGAUAAUUUUCAUAUUACCUACCAGAUGGCGCAUAAUUCGAUGUAACGGACACUUUAAAUUUCCACGGUUUCUUUGUAAAGAGAAGCGUUCCUUCAAUCAGUGCGCUUUUGAUCUGUAACUAGUGAAGCAAAGUUUUGUGUGUCUCCAAUUUCAUUCAUAUCUAUGCAAGAGAUUUAUUUCGAAAAUUCAUUGUAAUGGCUAAAUAUUGUCCACUGGAUCCUAUGUACUAAGAAAGAUAUAAUAGUUCAUUGUUUGAAGUAGUUUUUUCGGUAUUGUAUUCCUUCUACGAGCUAUUAUCUAUAUGCUAGACGCACAUUGAAAUAAUCCUUUUACUGUUAAUUUCCCUUUUGUCCUUGACAAUAAAAUGUCAUUUUCCUUAUAACAAUGCGAUGAAAAAGAAUGGUACUUUUUAUACAAAUGUUAGUUGUCAGUGCUUACUAAUUGAAAAUGUAAAUAGCUGAGUGCUAACAAGAAUACAGAAUAGACACGAUUUUUUGGUGUGACUUAUCAAAGGGCUUUGCUUCUUGGAUAUGAAGGGACAAGUACAAGCCGCACGGGAGAGGUUAGGUGGCUUUAGCAGUAAUAGCUAUUAUUCUAGUUCGGCAGAUCAUGUUUCUGAUAUUCAACGUAUCGUCCCAAUUUCCAAUUAUGAACUACAAUUAGAUGAUUCUGCAGUUGUAACAGAGGUCGAUAACAAAGUUAAAACAAAAUUGCUCUCUAUAUGGAAUAAUGUGAAAUAUGGAUGGACUGUAAAAAUAAAAACAAACUUUUCAAAAGAAUCUCCAGUAUGGUUGCUCGGACAGAGAUAUCCCAAACAGUUGGAAGAUACUCUAGAAAAAGCUUCCGAAGCUCUCUCUGGAUUAGGAACUGGAAGCGAAGUGUCAUUAGCAAUAGAUGCUGCUAGUUAUGAAGAAGGAAUCGAAGGAUUUAAGAGAGACUUCAUCUCUCGUUUAUGGUUAACUUAUAGAAGAGAAUUUCCAAAUUUAAGAGGAUCUACUUUUACUACAGAUUGUGGCUGGGGUUGUAUGCUACGUAGCGGACAAAUGAUGAUGGCGCAAGCAUUAGUUUAUCAUUUUCUAGGACGAGAUUGGAGGUGGUAUCCGGAUCAAACAAUUAAAACAGAUGAACAAAAGGAAGAAGAGAUGAAACAUCGUAUGAUUAUAAAAUGGUUUGGAGACCAGCCAGGACCUCAUUCUCCUCUUUCUAUUCAUAAACUAGUGUCACUUGGUGCACAAUCGGGGAAACAAGUAGGAGAUUGGUAUGGGCCUGGGUCAGUUGCACAUCUUUUAAGCCAAGCAGUAAAAUCUGCGGCUGAAACUCACAGGGAAUUUAGUAAUUUGUGCGUCUAUGUUGCUCAAGACUGUGCAGUCUAUUUGGAUGAUGUUAAAAAAUUAUGCGAAACUCCAAAUGAAUGUUGGAGGUCUCUUGUAUUACUGGUACCUUUAAGACUUGGUACUGAUAAGUUAAAUCCGACUUACAUACCAUGUUUGACAAGGUUGUUGGAGUUAGAAUUUUGUAUUGGUAUCAUUGGUGGACGUCCUAGACAUUCUCUUUAUUUCAUUGGUUAUCAAGAAGAUAAAUUGAUACAUUUAGAUCCACAUUAUUGUCAAGAAAGCGUAGAUAUGUCGAAAGAAACGUUUUCCUUAUCGACAUUCCAUUGUACCUCGCCUAGAAAAAUGGUACUUUCCAAAAUGGAUCCUAGUUGUUGCAUUGGAUUUUACAUACACGAUAAAAAUUCCUUUGACGAAUUUGUAACUAAAAUCGAAAAUGUUCUGAUGCCGCAAACCCAGAAAACGGAUUAUCCAAUGUUCUUAUUUUGCGAAGGAAGUGGAGAGGAAUUACAAGAAAACAUAGAGGUCGGAGAAAAUCCAUUGCCGUCGACAACGCUAUUUGUACGACCCGGUGCAUUCGAAGAUCAUUAUGAGUUCGAGGAAUUUGAACUCAUAUGUAUAGAAAAUAAAAGCAAAUAGAAACUCAAUGUACUUAAAAAUACUAACAACAUAUUUCUUACGCAAUGUACGUACUACGUUCGACAUUUGUAAUCCUUCGUUCAUUCGUCCAAUAUUCGUAAGUGAUAAAUUCAACAAUAUUAGAUUACUUAUAAAUCGAACACACAUACCGUUGUGUUUUAUUACAUAGUUAAGUGUUAUUAAGGUUUUAAAAUGUAAUGCGCCAAAAAUUGUGGCGAAUUUUUGAGAAAGAUCUCAUAGUAUGUCAUAAUGGGAGACUGAUGUAAAUGCGUUGACUAAUUAUUUCUAAGCGUGGAAAAGAAGUUUAAGCCGACCAUCUCUUCUGUGAUGGUUACGAUAACGAUGCAGUGAUCUUUAAUAAGUAUUAAACAAAGGCACAAUUUUUUUUACUUUGUUACGUGAUCUCAAAAUCAUUGCUUCCUUUUUGUUUUCGUUCUUUCUUUUUCCUUUUUUUGCAACGAAGGUAGAACUUAAUUUUGUAGGAAAAUUAUGAUUAUCGAAGCUGUAUUAAAUAUAUGAGAGAAUA